AUGUCCAUCGACAUAUACAAGUUGGCCUUGCUGGUAUUGGUCAAGAUCGGUUUGGCCAAGCUCAAGGUGCUCACAGUGAUCAAGUUCCUCGUCUUCCUGUGGGUCAAGUUGAAGCUGUUGGUGGUGCUAAAGGGAUUCUUGUUCGCCAAGUUCACCAUUAUUUGCAAGCUUAUGAGGCUGCUCCUGUUACCCAUGUUGCCCAACCUGCUGACCUAUCUCCAGAAUUUGGCCAUGAUGCAGCCAAACCCCGGGAUGCCCCCACCACCCAUGAGCGGAAUGGCUAAUACCGCAAUCCAGUUGCGUAACGACAGCAUCACCGACUCAGUACUCAGGAGGAGCACAACCGGUCUGGACACGCUGGGUGCGGCUGGAAAUUUAUUACAGUUUGUGGCCUUCGUGCAAUCGGCCAAGUGCGUGGAGAAGACAGCCUGUCUUGUGUCCGGCACCAAAUCACCGAGUCUACAAUCCAUAUUGACGAACUGGAUCUUAUCACCGUUAGUGAAUUAUAUUCCAAACAGAAAGUUAAAGUUGUAUUUGUCAACAUUGAAGGAAGUUUCAGACUAUCGCUUAAAAAACAUUUUCAAUAAGCCGUCAACAGUAGAAUGGUUUAAAUGGUGCGAUGAACGAUAUUAUUGUGAUGAUGAAGAA